AUGGGUUCCUACUCUCCCACCGCCGAAUACUACGACGCCAUCGUCGUCGGCGCCGGCUUCGGCGGCUGCAACCUCCUCCACCAGCUCCGCAAACUCCACUUCCAUACGCGGGUCUUCGAAGAGGGCGCCGGCCUCGGCGGGGUAUGGUACCAUAACCGGUACCCCGGCGCACGCGUCGACACCAAGACCCCCUUCUACGAAUUCUCGGACCCCGAGCUCUACAACGAGUGGGAGUGGUCCGAGCGGUACCCGGGCCAGGCGGAGAUCCUGCGAUACUUCGCCUUUGUGGAUCAGAAGUGGGAUCUCAGCCGGGACAUCGAGUUCGGGACGCGGGUGACCGAUGCGCGGUGGGAUGAUGCCACCCAGGUUUGGCGGGUGCAGACAAAUCAGGGCCACUGCGUGGAGUGCCAGUUCUUGAUCUUGUCGAUGGGGUUCGCGGCUAAGAAGUAUAUCCCCGUGUUGGACGGGUUGGAGGAUUUUCGGGGGUUCAUGUGUCAUACGGCGGAUUGGCCGGACCAGGAGGUGGAUCUGCAGGGGAAGAGAGUCGCGGUGAUGGGGACGGGGGCGACAGGCGUGCAGGUGAUUCAGGAGUUAGGGCCUAAAGUUGGGGAGUUGGUUGUCUUGCAGCGCUCGCCGAACUGUGCGUUGCCGAUGCGGCAGCAGCAGCAGCAGCAGCUACAGUCCAGUCCCCAGCUGAGCAUGGGGAAGAAAGGGACGACGGAUAAGACCUCCUACCCUAAGCUGUUCGCGAACAUGCGCCUCUCCCUCACGGGGUCGGACGAUCCCCCGACCCCCCGCAACGCCGCGGACGACAACCCUGCGCAGCGGCUGGAGCUGUACGAGCGCCUCUGGGCCAAGGGGGGCUUCGCGCCCGCCCAUGGCAACUACCAGGACAUGAUGACCAGCCUGGACGCCAACACCUUCUUCUACGACUUCUGGCGCGACAAGACCCGCGCGCGACUGACGUGCGCCCAAGAGCUGGUGGAGCACCUUGCCCCCACGCACCCUCCUUUCGCCUUUGGCACAAAACGCCCCUCCCUCGAGCAGCGCUUCUACGAGGUCUUCAACCAGGACAACGUCACCCUCGUCCCUUUGAAACAGAACCCAAUUGCAAGGGUAAUUCCUACAGGGAUCCAACUCGCCGACGGCACGACCAUCGCCCUCGACGCUUUGGUUCUAGCCACGGGCUUCGACGCCGUCACCGGCGGCUUCACCCGGCUCAGGAUUUCUGGAAUUGAUACUGCCCAAGACCUGGCGGCGGAGUGGCGCAUCCGCACGCGCACGCAUCUCGGAAUGGUGACGGCUGGCUUCCCCAAUCUCUUUUUCCAGUACGGGCCGCAGAGUCCCACGGCGUUUGCGAACGGGCCCCUGAUCUCGGAGAUUCAGGCGGAGUGGAUUCUGGCGACGAUGGUGUAUAUGCGGGAGCGUGGGUAUGUGACGGUGGAUGUGAAGCCGGAGAUGGAGGAGCGGUGGGGUAGGGUCACGGAGGUGGCGUGUGCACGUACCCUCAUGGGGAGUAAUGAGACAACGUGGUAUAUGGGGGGUAAUGUGCCGGGGAAGAAGCGGGAGGCGCUGGGGUAUAUGGGAGGGUUGCCCAAGUAUCAGCAGUAUUUGAGGGAGUGUAUUGAGGGGGGAUGGGAGGGGUUUGGAUUGCGGUGA